AUGUCUGGCGACAAUAACCUGUCGCAGAAGCAUUUCGGACUUUCGCGCCCUGUGAUCUCGCGGCGUCUUUGCGAAAAGGCGGGCAAGCACAAUGAUCAGCUCACCAAGGCGGAACGCUGGCUGUUCCUCAGCCGCUUCGACCUCUACGGCAAGAUGAUUGCAUACCCAGACUCCCUGGACGACAUUGAGUUUGACAAGGUGUGCGGUCGCCCCCCUCGGGAAGUUCUCAUCCGCACCAUCAAGGCCAUGACCGGCCUCAGCUCCAUCGCCGAGGUUGUCCGCGACUAUUGGGCGCCUGACCGCACCGACAAGCUGAGGUACGGCGGGCUCGAGACCAUCACGAUGGGGUGGUGGACUUUUGACACUAGCGAUGUGUACGCCGUCGACGACGACUACGAAGAUGAUGCAGUGGCGGCGGCGGCAGGCCUCGUGGCGGAAAAACUCCGACCUGCCGAGUUUGCGUUUGAGAAUGCGGCCAGGGCCAGGUUUUUGCUACCUGAGACGACGGAGAACGAGGGCGAGGAUUCUAUGCCAAGCCUAGACGAGUCCCAAAAGACGGAAGGUGAGCUCGAGGAACUGCAUGAGAAGCACCUCGCGCAGCAGGACGCAAAGGCAAAAGAGCUGAAGGGCGUCUUGCAGAAGCAAUUGGAGAUGGAGCUCAAGGCGGCCUCGGAGGAAGACCUCGCUACCAUUAAGCAGCUACGGGCAAGAAUGGACGCCGAAGCAGCAGAGGAUGCCCAGGAGGAUGACGAGAGGCUCAAGGAAAUUGAGGAAUUGGAGAUGCUGGAGGAUACAGAGGCCAUGGACAUGGACGAGGAUUAA